ACACCAUUCAUGAAACUCUUCAGGUGUUGAAUCAGACACCAUCUUCUUCUCUUGAAAAAGUGAACUGGAAAGAGGUUAUUCAAAUGGGUGAACAGCUUUAUAAACAAGCCACUAUGGCCGCUACUCUUUGGGUGCGCACAGGGCGCACCCAGCUCCUGUGUAAUAGCUCGCAAAUCACACAGGAGAGACAACUCGCACUAGACAAGCCCCAUGCGACGAGCUCGACACAGAAGGCAAAUCCCCUGCUGUCGUAGGCAGGGGGUUUCGAACCUGAGACCGGCAGGGGGUUUCGAACCUGAGACCUCCAUUAUGAAAGCCCCAUACUCAACCAACUGAGCCACCCUUGCGGGUUUUUGCAUACUUAUAUUUCUACACUCAAUUUAUGGUUCUCUGUGUUUCUCUCUUAUAUAUUUAGUUUUACCUCUCAAAAUUCCAAUUUUUAUACCUUAUGUAGGCCAUUUUUUUGCUUAUAUUUGGUUUUGGUGAAAUGUGGUUGCCUCAAAAUUUAUAGUUCUAUACAAUUUAUGUUGUUUUUAAUAAAAUACUGCACUUUACAACUACAGCAACAUACCCGGUGUAGUCCCACAAGUGGGGUCUGGAGUCUGGGGCAGUGGCGGAGCCAAGAUUUUCACUAAGAGGGUUCAAAAUAUGAAAAAGUAAACACACGAGAAGCCAAAGGGGGUUCAACGUCUACUAUAUAUAGAUAAAAAAUAACUUUUACCAUGUAUAAACAGUGUAAUUUAUCACCGAAGGGGGUUCAAAUGAACUCCUUGGCCCUUCCUCUCUCCGCCCCUAGUUUGAGGAGGGUAGGAUGUAGACCUUACCUCUACCUUUAUGGGGUAGAGAGGUUGUUUCUGAGAGACUCUUGGCUUGAAAGAAAAGAAAAGGAUUUGGAGCAUGGUAUCAAGAAAAAUAUGACAAUAAAAUAUCAAGAUAAAAAGCAAAUGAGGCAACAAGAAAAGAAAAGAAACUAGGUGAUUACUAACUAAUAGUACUAAUAAGGAGAACACUCGGCUACCUACUAACCUUCUAUCCUAAUCCUCGACCUCCGCACCUUUCUAUCAGGAUCAUGUCCUCAGUAAGCUGAAGAUGUGCUUUAUGGUUAGAUAUUAUAUUUGUAAAGAUGAUGGUUGAUACUGGAAGUUCUAUUUACUCCUUGAGCAUUUAGUACCCUCUUGUAAUGCUGUGGUGAGCUUUCUUUUACCUAAUAUCCUUUUGAUUAUAGAUGAUAUUAUAGUUGCAGUGUAAGGUUGGUUCUUAUUGUAUAUGUUUUGGGUGUGCGCACGAUAGAGAGAUAUUUCAAAGCUCAAAACUCCAGGCAUAAUGCAAGGGACUUUGAUUGAAACUUAGAACUUCAGAAUAAAGCGGGAUGAAAAUGGAUGGUACAAAAUGCAAAUUGGAAUGCUUUGGACUGGAGAAACUCCAGAGGUUAAAGCACUCGAGGAGAACAUGGCUUCAUAUUUUAAUACGCUGCAAGGGCUCCUUUUGCUCUCCCACUCUAGUACAGUUGGCGCGGGCCCUACCCUGUCUUCUUGCAUUCAUGCGUCCAUCAAACAAGUUGUUGAUAGCAGUUUCAUGUUGAUGAAAGAGUCCGUGUCUUCAUAUGGAUCUGACAACAAAAAACAGAAAUUAUCAAUCCCACAGUUGGUGGGCACUGUCUGGGAAGCUUGUUCUGCUCUUAAGAAGACUCCAGCCACAAAUAUUACUGCUAUAGGUCGAGCAAUGACACAACUUGCUGUUUCCGUGAAGGAUGUACUUCGUGAAAUGAAUGAACUGAAGCCAGCAGAUGAAUCUUCUGUUCAAGAUACCGCCGAAGGAGAAAGCAAAUCCCAGGAUAGCGAUGAUUCAUUUGCAGGUGAUCUAGGCAAUGAUCUUUCUCCGGAGGAGAUGAAGAUUGCUCGGUUAACUACUGAUGUUGUGUCUGCAACACUUGUGGUCAUUAAAGAACUAAUUCGCUCCAUUACAAGCUUGCUUAAGCAGGAAAGUUCUGCGGAUACGGCUACUUUUGUUGCCUCUCUAGAGAGACUAUUAAAACUUUCUCAAGAAAUCGGGCUGCAAAUUGACGAACUUGGAGCUUCUCUUUAUCCUCCACAAGAAAUUUCUGCAUUGAAGGCUGCUAUGGAGAAGAUAUCAUCUACUACUGAUGAAAUACAGGAGGAGCUGGAAAAACUUAAAGGGUGUUCUGAAGAUUUUGUUAAAGUGUGCAAUGGUUUGCGGAGUUCAUUGAAACAACUGGAAGCUGAAUUAGAUCAAUCAGAUGCAACUGAUAUUACGCCCAAGAUAGAAAACCUCGUUAUCGAAUAAUUCUAGUAAAGGAGAAAGGGGAGGAGAAAUAUAAAUGCUUCUGAAUGAACUUCUUAGUUUUGUAGCUAUGAGCAUUGAGUAAAAGUUCUUACAAUAUUUGGAUGUGUUUUUGGGUUUUUGUGACCUUAUGCCAUUAAAUGAAUAUAGAGUUAUCAAGCCAACUGCUUAUUUAAUUCUA